AUGGAGAAGGAGAGUUUUGUUCAUAUGUGUCAUGAACACCCGCUGAGUCUGAUCGUCCCUGACUCGACCCAUGAAAUUUCAUACAUCCCUGUGUGUUAUGGUUGUUGGAGAUACAUUUUACCAGGAGAUGCAAUGUAUGGAUGCAGCCGCGGGUGUGGAUUUCGUUGGAUGUUACACAAAGAAUGCAUGGAAAUGCCUCAAGAGAUUAUGCAUCCUGUCCAUCCUUCACACCCUCUCACACUCCAUGAUUCACAACUAUCAAUAAUUUGUGAACCAAAAGAAUGUGCGGUUUGUGAAUUGUAUAUGUAUGGGUUAAGCUAUGGAUGUAGCCAAGGGGAUUGUGACGGAUUUAUGAUCCACUUGAGAUGCGCGGUGGGCUUUAGCUUUAAGGAGGACGAGCACCGGCCUAUAGAGCACCCAAGCCACCCUAAGCAUAAACUUCAUUUUUUAAAGAAAACGAGGGGGUGUCCAUUCCCGUGUGAUGCAUGCGGUGCCAAUGAGAAAGGGGACUCUUACAUCUGCACUCUCUGCAACUACUGGAUACAUGAGCGUUGUGCACUCCUCCCAUUGUCCGCAGACUUCUAUUGUCAUGACCACCCUCUCUCUCUCGCCUUUUAUCCUCCCCUUGAGUACAUACGGUAUCAAUUUGAUUGUGAUAGAUGUAGCACAACUUUGUCAUUGACACGUUGGGUCUAUCAUUGCCAACUCUGCAGAUAUGUCGUCCAUCUCAAGUGCGCCACCUCCACAUUUGAUAGUAAAAAUGAUCAUGACAAUGAAAAUGCAAAUGCAAUUGAUGAUGAUGAUGAGAAAGAGGCUACCAAGUUUCCAGUAGCGGUAGAAGACAUGUAUGAGAAGAUGAUCAGACCCUUCGUUAAGCAACAACUUGACAUCAUCCCUCAUCAUGACCAUGACAAUCACAACAUCGGUGGCAAGUACAGGUUCUUCGGUCACCCUGAUCAUCAACUAACUUUUACUAUAUUUUCUUCAGCUUCGUCAUCAUCUCAUAAUCACUGCCAAAAAGAUGAUGAUGACGAUGAUGAUGAAAAUGAUUUUGACAAUUGGGGAUUAAUAUGUGACGGGUGUGCACUGCCUAUACGUGAAAAGAAGCAAACAGGUGACGAGUAUAAGUAUGAGAAUGGUUACAUGACUUGUGAUGAAUGCAAAUACUUUCUCCAUUUGUCCUGCUUCAACUUACCACAUGAGAUCCCCAAUCUUCCAAUUCAUCCUCUCAACAAUCACAAACUAACGCUCCGAAAUGUUGAUGGAAAGCUAACAGGUUGGAUAGAAUGCUAUAUUUGUCGUAGCUAUACAAAUAGGCUCUAUUACGCCUGUACCUACAAUCGCUGUUUUUUCAAAAUAGACAUCAAGUGUGCUUCUCUGCCCAACACCAUAAAACACGCAUCUCACCUGCAUCAUAACCAUCUGAAGCUAGUCAAAGAUGAUGAUUACAGGCCUGGUUUCUGUGUUAACUGUCAGUGGCCUAUAUCUGAACGAAAGGAACAAUACAAAUGCAAUACCUGCAGAUUCUAUGUAUGUGGUGAAUGUGUGAUGCUACCGACAAGAAAUAAGCAUAGAUUGGAGAAUCAUUUGUUGUGGUUGACAUAUGAUGCGCGUGUUAACCGUCCCGGUGAUUUCUACUGCAGCAACUGCGAGGGCCCAAUGGACCCCAGGAGCUGGAUGUAUUAUUGUCGAGACUGCGAUCAAUCCUUUCAUCCCAGAUGCUUUCCCGCUACGUCGGGUGAUUACAGAAACAUCAAAUAUGGGGCAGAGCAGUAUGUGAUUUCCAGUAUUCAUGAUCACCCUCUUAGAUUUCAAAUCAUAACCAACAAAAACAGAUGCGGCCUAUGUCAUGGCGAUUACUAUGAUAAGCCUGGAUUUCAAUGUGCAUUAUGCUUCUUUGUUAUUUGUAAAUCCUGUGGUAUCAAACACAUGGAUGAUGCCUAGAAGGCCUUCUGAUUUACAUCAAAUCAAAUUUCUGUUUUUAAUUGGGGAUUCAGGGGAGUGCAUAUGUAUAUGAUUGUUGUAUUUAUAUUACAGGCUAAAUGUGUGUUGUAUUUAUGU